CACAGAAGCACCAAAGCACUGAGUCCUCCCUUCCACUGAGCUUCAAGAAUGGGUCUGUCUGUCUGAAGAGGACUCUUCCCAAGUAUUUGUAGUUUCCAAGCUCAUUCUCAUAAAGACUCUGGCUUUACAACUGCAUCCUUUUCAAAAUGGCUGAGAAAGCUUCACCAGGGAUGAACAAAAAGUCUUCAAGGUCCACCCUUUCUCUGCCUCCAGAACCAGUGGAGAUCAUUAGGAGCAAAGCCUGCUCACGGAGAGUUAAAAUAAAUGUAGGUGGACUCAACCAUGAAGUGCUGUGGAGGACUUUGGACAGACUUCCAAGGACACGAUUAGGAAAGCUCAGAGACUGCAAUACUCAUGAAUCUCUGCUGGAAGUAUGUGAUGACUAUAAUCUAAAUGAAAAUGAGUAUUUUUUCGAUCGACAUCCAGGAGCUUUCACUUCCAUUUUGAAUUUCUACAGGACAGGGAAACUACAUAUGAUGGAAGAAAUGUGUGCUCUUUCUUUUGGCCAAGAGCUUGAUUACUGGGGGAUUGAUGAGAUAUAUCUAGAAUCCUGCUGCCAGGCAAGAUACCAUCAAAAGAAAGAGCAGAUGAAUGAGGAGCUGAGGAGAGAGGCAGAGACCAUGCGAGAGAGAGAAGGGGAAGAGUUUGAUAAUACCUGCUGCCCAGAGAAAAGGAAGAAACUCUGGGACUUGCUGGAGAAACCCAACUCAUCUGUGGCAGCAAAGAUUUUGGCCAUCGUAUCCAUUCUGUUCAUCGUACUGUCCACUAUCGCUUUGUCUCUUAACACGCUGCCGGAGCUUCAAGAAAUAGAUGAAUUUGGGCAGCCAAAUGACAACCCUCAGCUAGCACAUGUUGAAGCUGUGUGUAUUGCUUGGUUUACCAUGGAGUACCUUUUGCGUUUUCUAUCCUCACCAAAUAAGUGGAAGUUCUUCAAAGGCCCAUUAAAUGUUAUUGAUUUACUGGCUAUUUUGCCAUAUUAUGUCACCAUUUUCCUCACAGAGUCCAAUAAAAGUGUACUGCAGUUCCAAAACGUCAGACGUGUGGUUCAGAUAUUUCGUAUUAUGAGGAUACUAAGGAUUCUUAAACUCGCCAGACAUUCAACAGGCCUUCAGUCUUUAGGUUUUACUCUCAGGAGGAGUUACAAUGAAUUGGGCUUAUUGAUAUUAUUUUUAGCCAUGGGAAUAAUGAUAUUUUCAAGUCUCGUAUUCUUUGCUGAAAAGGAUGAGGAUGCUACAAAAUUUACCAGUAUCCCUGCAUCAUUUUGGUGGGCAACAAUCACUAUGACUACUGUAGGAUAUGGCGACAUUUAUCCUAAGACUUUAUUAGGUAAAAUAGUUGGAGGACUGUGCUGUAUUGCCGGAGUGCUGGUCAUAGCUCUGCCCAUACCAAUUAUUGUGAAUAAUUUCUCAGAGUUUUACAAGGAGCAGAAACGACAGGAGAAGGCAAUUAAAAGGAGAGAAGCACUUGAGCGAGCUAAAAGAAAUGGCAGCAUUGUCUCCAUGAACCUGAAAGAUGCCUUUGCUCGCAGUAUGGAAAUGAUUGAUGUAGCAGUAGAUUCAGGUAAGCCUGGAGAACCAGCCAAUCCAAAGGAAACACCUGAUGACAACCACCUGUCCCCAAGCCGGUGGAAAUGGGCCAGAAGGACAAUGUCUGAAACAAGUUCAAACAAGUCUUUUGAGAACAAAUACCAAGAAGUUAGUCAACAAGACUCCCAUGAGCAAUUAAACAAUGCCGCAGCAUCCUCCAGCCCUCAGCACCUGAGUGCCCAAAAACUGGAGAUGUUAUAUAAUGAAAUUACUAAAACUCAGUCUCAGCCUAAUCUUAAUGCUGAUUACCAAGACCAGUCAGCAAAACCACCUGUGUAUGAAGAAGAAAUAGAAAUGGAAGAAGUUACAGGUCAGAGAGAUCAAUUGCCAGCUGGACCUACAGACAUAAUAACAGACAUGAGAAGCACAUCUAGUAUCGAUAGUUUUGCCAGUUGUGCAACUGACUUCACAGAAACAGAGAGGUCUCCGCUUUCUCUGUUCCCUGGCUCUCAUCACUUGCAAAUGAGAUUUCCGUCUGAUUCUGUUAACCUAGAAGACAACCAAAGAGUAAAAAGUUCUCAGUUUAUACCGUACACAAAGGAUAAAAUGUUUUCUCCAACUGAUAUCACCUUUGACUAUAAUCCAAUUGACAGAGCUGUAAUCAGUGAUGGCAGUGGAUCCCAAACUGUUUUACAUGGUCACUUGCAUUUUGACACUUCCAUGGAAAGCCCCAAAAGUUCUCUGAAAGGUAGCAAUCCAUUAAAAUCUAGAUCCCUUAAAGUUAAUUUUAAAGACAAUAGAGGUAGUGCUCCACAAACUCCACCAAGCACCGCAAGGCCACUGCCCGUAACGGCAGGAGCAGACUUUACACAGUCCACCCCGCAGCACAUCAGCACCAUUCUUCUAGAAGAAAAUUCACCCCAAGGUGAACGACCUUUACUUGGGGCUGAUGCUUCAGUGCUUUGUCAGGGACCUUCUAAGAAAUCAUCCCCUCUGUUUCCCAAACAAAAAGUUUUCACUUUCCCUUCAAAAGAGAGGAGGAGCUUCACUGAAAUAGACACUGGAGAAGAAGAAGAGUUUAUGGAGUUACAUGGUAUAAAACAUGAAAAGCAACAGGAUAUCAAGACAAAUUGCUAUGGAGAUAAACACAGUGAUGGCAGCCAUUUAACAGAGGAGCCACAGGUCAGCUCUUCUUCACCCAAAAGCAUGAGUCACAACUGUACGCAAGACAUUUACCAUGCUGUGGGUGAGGUAAAGAAAGACAGUAACCAAGAAGGUUACAAAAUGGAAAACCAUUUGUUUGCCCCAGAAAUUCAUUCAAAUCCAGGAGAAACUGGUUACUGUCCCACACGUGAAACUAGCAUGUGACUAGUUACAAAAGCAAUAAAGAUACUUUUUCUUAAACCACAGUUAGCAAUGCCUAUGAACUAAAAUGUGGGAAGCCUCAAAAAACAAGUGCAUAAAAUGUUAUUUUUGCAUGGCAUGAAGAGUUGUUUAGUUUAAAUACUGUUUAAUUUAAAAAGACUGCUUUUUGUAACAAAUUUAAAAACUAGGAAAAAAAUUACUCAAGAACAGUGAAUAAAAUAAAGAGAGCUCUAUUAGGAGCCCAUGUUCUGCAACAUCUGACAUUUUUGAUCCUUUCACUUACGAUUGUAGACAGAUUUUGAACUCUUUUAACUUUUUUGUUGUCUUGGUUAUAAUGAAUUUUAGAAUUUGCACAUGAAAGGAUGAAAUGUCAAUGCAUGCAUUCAUAAUGAUGUGAAACAAGGUGCUUUGAGCUUGCAAAAUGCAUAUACUUGUAAAUAGUUUGGGGUUGGGGGGAAAGCUACUGUUAACAAGGAUUUAUGGAAAAAGAGUUUCCUGGGACACAGGUACUUCCUUCACAGCGUGCUGCCUGGAGGUUUUGUACAGACUUAUGUUGCAAAAUUGCAACUUCUACUUAAAGCAUCUCACUUAUCUUGCUUUCUGUUAAAAAGCUCAUGGGUUUAUCUGUUAAUUAAGGGACUACAGUACUUUCAUUUAUCUGUGCUGUAAAUCAUAGUAAGUUUUUUUUUUUUUUGGAUAACUUCACCUAUUGCAUUUGUCAGUUUAAUUAAUGAUCCUGUGAGGAAAAGCAAAGAUUUAAUGACCAGAACUUGAAGCAUUUGAUAUUUUUAUAGAAUACUGCCAACAUUUCAUAACUAAGAAAAAAUGUUCCAUUUUAAAAUAAAUAAAAAAACAUAGAAUUAUUUCUGUGGCAAUAAAUAGUGCCAAAUGGCUAUAUAGACAUGUUCAAAAGUUCUCUCUCUCCUAAUAUAUUUCUUUUAGCUUAAACAUGAAAAGAAAUAUUCCCCACAUUCUUUUUUCCUGUGACUUAACAAUAUUUGCUUCUACAUGAUCUUUGUGAAUUUUUGAUAACCCUCCUUCCCCUCUACCUAUAAAUCCCCUUUUCUUCACAUGCAGUACCCAUAUGUCAAUAGUGGUAGUGUUAUUGUAGCCAUUAUGUGUAAGGACAUAAAAGAGGCAAGCUUUUGUAAGGAGAGGUAAUACCUUUUUUAUGACAACUGAUAGAGUUGGAAAAAAACAGACAGUCCUUUAGGCGAAUAAUAAGGCUUGCUCCAGGUCGUCAGCGCCCAGAAGCUUGUCUGUGUUUUUCAUCUCAAACAUUUGGACUGGUAGAAGGUAUUACCUGACUCAUCAACUUUGCCUCAACCCAUAUUCCAAGCUAUUCCGAAAGCUGAGGCUGUUCCACCCUUAUAUUAGUGAAGGAAGAAUACUCAAAUAUAGGGAAAUGUCAAUAGCUCCACAGACCCCUGCAAAAACAUCUUCAUCAGUUUCUCUGAUACUCUCCAGCUACAUAUCAGCUCUGUGAAAGAAAGAUGCUGAACUAAAGCCUUCAGGACAAAGUACCCAUCUAACCAUUGUCUGAACAAAGCUAUUAAUUUUUUAUCCAGCCUGAAUAGCUUGCUAUGCUGCACUAUAAAAAACUCCUAUAAAUCUUUGUAAUGUUUUGACUUAUAAAAGGUUUAUCCAAUUCAUUAAUCCCAAGCAUAGGCAAAAGUAGCAAAGCAUGCCCUAUGAAAUGGCCUUUCUUUUAGAAAAACAGAAUAUAUAUAUAUUUACUGUCCUCUGAUUUCUGUCAAAACUGGAUACUCCCUUACAACAGCUUCGUAAGAGCAGUAGUCUAGUCUCACAGCUAAUGGCCAGAGGAUCCAGUGGUUGAAAGGCUGAUGAGGUGUUCAGAAAUUCUAGUAUCAAUUGCCUGCGGCUGCACAGGCUUGUUGCCUGCAAUUAGGCCUCCCAGUUCCCUAUGCACAAAACCGAGAGAACGCUGCUUCCAGAUCAGAACUGUUAUAAGCGUGGUAAAGACUGCGAGACAACAAUGACGGAAGCCUUAAAAACACUUUAGGCCAGCAUGUGUUUUAUUACACUAGGUCUUUACUCUGCACAGUGAACCUAGGCUAAUUUACACUUAUGUGUCAUUUUUCUGUCACUGAAAUGAGUAAAAAAUCAAGUGCAUAAUGCAUUCGAUGUAACAGAGCAGGUAUUUUUAUAGCAACAUUUAUAGCAACUUCUGCUUGAAAUGGCAAAGCUGAUUCCAUAGACAUUACUCAAGUCUGGCCCAUAGAAAAGAGGCAAGUUUGAAAAGUCCCAAAACAUGGAUUCCAGUAGCUGGACCAAAUAAUGGUGCAAAGCAAUCCCUUAAUCUGAAAAAAAAGACUGUUUUCCGAGGGUAGAUUUUUGUUACAAGAUGACACUGAGGUGUUUCUUUAGUCAUCUGAAACACUGGAAGCAGAAGGUUAUUUCUUCAGAACAAUGUCUGGUCAUUAAGUCUCCAAAAAAAAAAAAUUUUUUUGUCCUUAGUUGCAGUUCAUUGCAACUUGUUGCUACAUACGAUUUUACCUAUGGCAUUCUGCUUAACAUUUUUCAAUCAUAUUAUGUCUCACUGUUCCAAAACUUAGCUCUUGAAUAUUUUAUAGUCAUUAAUCUUCUAUACUGAUUUUAUUUUUUCUUGCUAGAUAUUUUCAGUGACUCAAACUAAAUGCCAGUGAAUUUUUAUAUGCCUAAAAUGUUGGUCUGUAUUUUCUAUGUGCAGUUUUAUGAAAUCACACGGGCCUAUUUGAUCUGCCUUUACGUCCUAGUGAACUAAUGAAGACCAAAUAAAGUCCAAAUGGGACCUGAUCCUAUAUUCUGGAUCCACAGAAAACUCCCAUUGAAGAUAACUGUGUUGUUCUGGCAAGACUGAGGUUUGUGUCCUACUAUGUGGUGUCGCUCCCAGCGGACCCUUGCACUUUCUAAAAGCCCUCUCAGAUCUGUGGCACUUCGUAGAAAGGGAGGAGUCCAGCCAUAGGGAACUCAUUGCAAGAGCAGAGGUUUGAUUCUUAAAGCUCUCGAGCUAAAUCAGUACUUCAUGCAAACCUGAUUCUGCUCCAUUUAAAACACUGAAAAUUCAGUAGUGGUAAAAUCAAAACCUCAGUCCUUGAGCAGACCCAUUCCUCCUGAAACCAGUGGGAAUUUGCCAGAAAGCAGGACUGAAUGAAAGGUAAAUGAGGACAGCAAGACUUUCUCCCAGUAAAGCCAACAGGAGCUUUAACUGUAUUAGUCAGGUAAGUGAAGACCAGACCCUUAUUGAGUGCCCUAUUUUAAAUGAUUUCAGAGAAGCAUAGAUAUUUUGAAACUGUACAAGCAAAACAAAUGCAAUUCUUCUUAUUAACAGAUGCUGUAAUUUUAGAAAUCUUGCAGGCAAGAGGAUCAAGCUUAAGGAGUGCUUUUGUUAUAAUUUGAUGAUUGAUUUGUUACAUAGUUUUAACUGUGCUGAAUGGCAGGUUUGGGCAUUUGAUGUUUCCAGUCUUCACUGAAUAGGAUCCACUCCCGAGUGUCUAGCUCAUGCAUAACUUCUAACCAAAAUAUUUACCUGAGUAGAGGUACAGGACUGGACCUAGCUUUUACUCCAGUAUAGCGUGCAUAAGAAGUGCAGACCAGAAUCACUUCAUUCAUCAUGAAUUUGAAUUGCUAUGUAGUAAAUUAUGCAAAACUGCCUGAAUAUAUUUUUCUGUUUUUCUAAAAUCUCAAAGCCAUUUCAGACCCAUUCACCCAUUCACUACAGUAAGGGGAUUUUUUGAGUUCUGGAGCCAGUUUCCCAAAGUUCUGGAAUUUCAAAACAACUUAAGGAGUCUUAAGAUGAAGUUACUCCCUUGUGCACCUGAGAGGAGUCUGACUCUUUGUAUCACUGGAAAAUGAAGAUUGUUCAGGGAGAUAACUUUGAAAUUAAACAAUCUAUUUUUUAUAUUUUAUACUAACUGAAGAAUCCUGAAUCAAAGUUUUAAUUAAUUUUCAGUGAUGAAACCAAAUGUACACAUUUAAACGAUUUUCACGUAGUAAUCAGAAGAAUUUUUGAGUGAAUAGUCACAUUAAUCCAAAUAGAGGGUGGGGGGAAUAAUGUAUCGCACAAACUGCAAAGUAAGUACAUACAGGAAAGCUGUUUACAGGGGGAUCAUAUAAUGUAAAGAAUGUAACAUGGAGUAGGAAGUUAUUGCACUACAGAAUUUAUAUAAAAUACACUUUUUUAAAUAAAAACACAAAAGGCCUUUUAAUGCUUCAUUGUCUACAACAUAGGAGCCUCUGCGUGAAUGCAGCAAUCUAAUGCACUGUGUCCUCACUUCAAAAUUGGUCUCAAAUUUCAAGCAUUACUGAUAUUAAAGAGGUGUUAUCUGAUCCAACACUAGAGCAACUGACUUGAAGAGCUGUUUCUUUUUAAUACAAUAUUUCAUAACCAAAAGUGCAUACAGAAGAUUCUAUUUUUGCCUAUAACAUACCUAGAUCAAAAUGACAAUUGGUUUCUUGAGUCCUUUCAUAAUAGAUAACGUCUGGCAUCACAUUUUUAUUCUUUGCUCAGUUCUGUAAGUGAAGAACAACUACUUGUUUUAAAAGUAGGUCUCUUCCCGUACCUGCAGCUGCAGCUUGCUUCUAUUUCUUUAGCUCUAUCUGAAACAAGGUUUACCUUCAAACUAGACUCAGAAUUAUAUUGAAAGAAUACACGGAAAACAUUAUAUCUUAUAUCUAGAAACAAACUAAAUUAGACUUGAGAAAUCCCUGAAUACAAGAAUCAGAAUUCUUAAGAAAAUGCCAUGGAAUAUGGAGGGUAAAGCCUCUUGAACGCUCCGGUUUCCGUUCCCCUUAAUUAUUUAACUAACUCCUUCAAUCCCGUCCUUUUAAACAGCAGUUCAGUACAAAGGCCUGUUGUUUUUUUUCAGGUGCUUUUGCUAACGUAGUCAGUUGGAGGUUAACCAGGUAAAAAUGUCCAAGGCCUAACAGAUGUUUCUUUUCAUUCAUGCAAUUUUGGGAUCAUUUGGAUGGAAAAUAAAAUUUAUUAUUUUGAUCAUGUAAAAAACAGUUUAAAAGCAAAAAAUGUAAGAAAUAUCUUUUUUCAUAGCAGCCAGCCCAGAUUCUGCAGGAAAUGCAAAUGCAGCAAA